GCUCGGUAAAUGCAUCCACAAUCCUAGUGACGUCUUGCAGGUCUUCCAAGAGAGUUAUACUGAGAGGAAAUGAGAUAGGAGUCUUCGAGCGAGUGGGGAUGCCCGAUGUACUUUUCCAGGCUUGUUCUGGCCUCAAAAGGUAUAUCGAGAUAGUCCUCAGAAUCCUGGAUGGCCAAUCGGCCAAUACUCUAUCACUGGCGAUAUUCUUUUGGGCCCCUUGUACGUUUGCCUCUUUGCGUAUGCCAAAAACAGAAAUCCUAUUUCAUGUGGCGCAAACCAGUUUUUCUCUGAGUGCACAAAUCCUAUCUCAUCAUGCCGAUGCUUACAAAAUCGGGUACUUUGCCGGUGAAGCAGAGCAUAGCUGAGCAUACCUCCUUUUUGGGCGUAGUUGGCCUCCAACCGAAUAGCGACGGCCUCCAACCUAGAAGUGAUGGCCUCCAACCUAAUAGCACUGGCCUCCAACCUACUAGCGACGGCCUCCAACCUGAUAGCACUGGCCUCCAACCUACUAGCGAUGGCCUCCAACCUCAUAGAUGGAAGGGUGGGAGGAAAAGAAACAGCGAAUUCAAAUUCUGAAGCGCGGUCACACAGUCACUGAAGGGACCACUGUGGCCACGUCCUUUUUUUGUUUUCCGUCUGGAGGUUCCACAACUCCUAUCUCAUGAUCCUUUUGCAGAGGUCUUGCAUUCAUCGCUAGCCACAACACCAGGAGACAACAAGCGACUUAUUUCCAACCUUAGCCGCUGCUUGUUGCAUUGUUACCGUAGCUCGACUGGGAGUGUGCGCCUUCCUUCUGAGCUCAGGCUCCCGAAGAAAAAGACCGAACUAGUACAGGCAGUCGCUAUUUGAAGUCAUGGCCAUUUUACUUUGGUGGGUCCGGUCGAAGGGCGACUCAGCAAAUGCAUCCACAAUCCUAGCGACGUCUUGCAGAUCUUCCAAGAGAGUUAUAUGAAUCGGCGGGGGUUUGAUCGAAGCUCGUGGUUUUGGUGUGUCGAUGCUUGUUAGCCACAACACCAGAAAAACAACAAGCGACUUUGACUGAGUUCCAAUUUCCAACCUUAGCCCCUGCUUGUUGCAUUGUUAGCUCGACUGGGAGCGUGCGCCUUCGUGCCAAGCUGCAUAUAGGUACAGUAGCUCCACUGAGAGUGCGCGCCUUCGUGCCAAGCUGGGGCAUGCACCCUUCAUUUCGGCCCGUCAGCAUAUCAAUUAGUCGCAGAGUGUACAUGACUGUGAAAGAUUUUGGGCCUUUUUCUUGGCAUUUAGCACUAACCCCAAAGGUUGUGCCUUUUGGUUGAUUGCCACGGGAUUCCUGGAUUUGUGGGUGGGUCUAAAAUAGCAGACCUCCAAGAACACUUGGUUUGCAAGGUGUUCUCUUGAACCAUUCCCUUUGGAAGCGACAAAAAGGGUACAGUAUCCGCGCCCAGUGCAUCAGAAAUGACUCACGACUCCUGCUUUUGCUGCAACUUGGAAGCCCACGUUGUGAAGCGCCAAAUCUAGCUAGAAACACAUCGCAGAUGCAAAAGCUUGAUUCUCAUAGCAGGGUCCAUGUAAUCUCGGGAGCAUGCGAUUUGCGCACCUCGAUCUCCCUUAACGUGGGCGCGUGAUGUCCCUGCAAAUGCGCGCUCGUAGCAUUUCGUUGUUGUAUUUGCCUUUCUGAUUUGAGUCAGGAGUUUCUGAGCAGCAGCUUGCAGAAGUCUCCAGGCAGUUUCAGUGGAGCAAAACACAAAUUAUACGACACAAAAGGGGAGAAGGAUUCCGCAGGGGCAUCCAAGGGCUUCCACAGAAGGUCAGCGUUUUAAAUCUUGCGACGGGGUAGGACGCUCAUCUUUUUCUCAGCCUGUUCCUGCAACAAUGGCAGAGCGCACCAGCAAAACUUUGUCGAUUGAGUGUAUUCGGCGUAUUUCUUCUUAUUCUUCUUGUUUCUUCUCUAGGUGCAUCUCAGUUUGGAGGAUAGAAUCAUUCUCAGCUCAAGAGCCGGCAAAAAGUCAUCGCUGGCCAACACGACCUUUGGAACUGUCCCAUGAACUUUGCGAUUUGGAGCACAAGAUGGUUCAAGAUGAUUCAAGCAUAGCAUCGAGUUCUUUCUACUGGACCUCAGUCCACUGCAUUACUCAGAGGCAAACGGAAGGGUAGUGCACAGAAAGGGUUUUGCAAAAACCUAUUCUACUAACAUCGUGGAAGGCGCGGGACAUUCGUAGAACCCAAGGCUAUUCAAGGACAGUUCGUGGAAUGGUGGGCCAGUAGCAGAACUGACUGCAACGAAAUCCCAGAAACCUUCGCAGAGCUUCGUGGAAGGUAUUUUUGAUGCACUAACUUCGUACAAGCGAUUUUUGCUGACCCCCUUUCUCCACACACCCUCCAUUUAGCCUUCAAUUACUAUUGCCGUGGAGGACAGACUCAGCAUAGCUUAAUCUCCACUGUGGAGGACAACCGAAGAGCUGUCGCAACCUGCCUUGAGCUACCAAGCAAACAAACCGAGUUCUGUUUCUGCUCCUAGUGACGUCGUCUAAAUCUGGCCACGGUUCAUCAAGCAAAGAUUCUGCGGUGUCACCAUGUUGAAGCGGAAAGUGGUUUAGGCCUAGGCUUUUGGCCCUUUCCCAAAACAGGUGUUUUGCUCUCAGAUGCCUCAUUGGUCGACACCAUUGUACAAUCCAAGCCAGUCGACAGAUUCCCCCUCCAUCGCACUGGACGUUCAAGUCCAGAAUUUGGUGCAUCAAAAAGCGCCCUAGGCAUGUGCCUCGGGGGUUCCAUGCAGCAGAUCGUCACUCUCGUCAGAUUUGAAUCUCCAAAUCCUUCGAAGCUGUUUUUCACCGCUUGCAUCUUAGUCCAACCAACCCGGCCACGCAUUUUCUCGCAUCAGUCGCAUUGGGAUCUCUUUGGCUGGAUUAAGUGGACCCAGCGAAGGGUCCACAAGUCCAGGCGGAGGUGCGUGAGUGAGCCAUCGAAUGUCCUCGCAGCUGGUCACUUCAAGGACAAGCUGGUCGCCCACCAGGCCACCAACUUCCGUGAAAAUCUGCAAUCCAAUCGACAAGUGAACAUGCUUUAGACCUGUCAGAAACGGAGGACACUUGUAAUGGAUGCCGUUUCGUUUCAGCACAAGACAAUGGGUCAAGGGGUCCAGCGCGUGGUUGUCAAAAGAUCCUUGGCUGAAAUUCCGUUGUUUCAGAGUGACUCAUGUUUCAUGUGUCCUCAGCCUAAGCUACCAGAUAUUUCCAGAAGCGGCUCCUUUUCCAUGAAUUCAGAUGAGCAUCCGUUGAACUUGACAUGGGCUGAAGUCUCCAGCCAUACAAGAGACAUUUCAAGCCCUUCUGACUGCCAUGUCGUCACCACUCCUGGCUUGAAAUGGCUGCUCAAACUUUGAAGUUUCAGUCUACAGUCUACGCUGAUUCCAUGCCAGGCCUCCAACAGCUGUCUCAAAGCUUCUCAAAGUCCUUCAUGGAAAGAAGUUGCGCACCCAGAAAAGUGGCUCCAACCAACCCCACGCAUUUCCUCGGAGUAUCAGUCGCAUUGGAACCUCUUGGGUGGAUGGGGGUCCAGAAUUCCUGGAGUUUCGGCCUUAAAGGGCGCCAUUGGCUCUUUGUCACAGGUCACCUCGGAGGGUAAGAUGUCAUUUUUAUGGCAUAGAUAUGCAUAGAUGCAGUCCAAAAUGCAGUCCAAAAUGCACUACUUGGCUGCAAGCUUUGUGAUUCAUACAUCAAAGUCACAGAGCUGAGAUGUUCCAGAAGGUCUCUCGGCUAAGUCUAGCAGCCUUGGAUGGCAGUUUUAAUGUCAGGGGCGCCUUUGAUGAACGCUGUUGGGAGAUUUAACUGGAGGCAGAGCGGACGAGAAAAACCCAGGGAGUGGGUGCUGGGGGUGGACCGGGCUUCAGUCGUUCUGUUGACGGGGCUUCAGAGAUUUUGUUUUUAGAAAUGUACAAAUUUAUCUUCUUCCUGUUUUUCCAACAUCCACAAGUGAAACCGGCUGUGGCGCAAGUGGCUAAAUCCACAGGUGCUUGGAAUUUCUUGGACCCAUUGGGGUGGCUUCCUCGCUUUUUUUGGCCCCAGCAGCCCCUCACUGGCGGGCGUGAUUUUUUGAAUGCGGAAUUUCGUUAAAUAAUCUGCACGUGACCCUGUCAGCACACCCUAAAGACAAUUGGCUCCUCUUCUUUGGCGGGCCUAUCACUUCCCCCAAACACGCGCGGCUUUUGGCGACCGCAUCAGACAGCUGCCAGACAGGGAGCCUCCCUGCACUGGUAGUCUGGGUAUCCACCCGGUCUAGCACUUGGGAUGGAAAAUAAGCAUAGCAAAGGGCUUCGCCAUUCACCAGCA